AUCCGGAUUUUUAGCAAAGCGGAAUCCAAAAAUUGCUGAGAGAUUUGUGUCGGGCACCACAUGCUUACCAAAAGACAACAACGAUGACGAUCACAUUUGCAACGCAUGCAAUAAAACUUUUUUAUAAUGCAUGUGAAACGUAUGAGCAAAAAAACAGGAAGCGACAGAAUAAUGUCGAAUGAAUUCACUGAAAUGACUUCGGCCACUGAACUUCGGUUACAACGUCAACGUAUAACGUCUUGGUGACACGUCAUGAUGACAAUAUCAAGAUGAUAGUGUUGUGAUGACGACGUCGUGAUGCAAAUGCCAUGAUGACAACAUUCUGGUGAUAAUGUCGAGAUGACAACGUUCUGAUGAUAACGUCAUGAUGACAACGUCCGCAACCAUUAUUACUGUGCUAUAAAUAAUUCUAUCGAUGCCGUAUUUAACUCUAUGGCUGCGUUAAAUUUUUUUCGUUAUUGCUGAAUAAGUUGAUAUGUGGUGCUGUUGCUUUAAUAUGGGAUGUGUUGUGUUGAGAGAUUCGAUAAUGCGAUUAAACCUGAGUAAUACAUUGGCAUUAUUUCGAAAUGAUAUCGUUCUACAACAUUCGUUGUUUUCGGCUUUGUUCUCUGUAAUAGUAGUUAGUAUGGCAUACAUGUUUCGUAUGGAGCGGUGGAAACUUGAGUACGUAGCCUUCUUGCUAUCAAUUCCAACAUCAGUGUUGGUGUGCGGUUGGCGUGCACGCUGGAAUGCACUACAGGCAUCUCUCCUUGGGGGUAUCUUUACGUUGUCUCUACUUUGCGCUUAUUCAACAAGUAAUUUGUAUUUGUCAAUAUUCGCGUGGUAUUUCGCAUGCAUGGCAAUAUUUCACUACGGGGAAUUCCUUAUGACAGCAUUAACAAACCGAUCAGAUUUAAAUUUUUCAUCCUAUCUUCUGGAUCAUUCGCUCGCAUAUUGGGAAGCUGCUAUGAUAAGUUGGCUAGAAUAUGCCAUGGAAGUACGUUUCUUACCGCUUUUGAAAAGCGUUACCGUAAGUUACAUCGGAUUAGUACUAAUUAUAUCCGGUGAAGUUUUACGAAAACUCGCCAUGAUUCAUGCAAACGGUGGGUUCACGCAUGUGAUUGCAAUCGCGAAACGUCCAAAGCAUAAAUUGGUCACUAGUGGUGUGUAUGGUUUUGUACGGCAUCCAGGGUACCUCGGCUGGUUGGUUUGGUGCUUAGGUACACAGAUAAUGCUCUGCAACCCUAUUUGUUUCAUCCUUUAUUUGUUGAUUGGAUGGAAUUUUUUCAACGAAAGGAUAUAUUGGGAAGAGCGUUAUCUGACUUCUUUCUUUGGUGCGGAAUAUAUUCAGUACCGAAGGAACGUACCGCUCGGGAUACCUUUUAUUAAAGGAUACGAAUCAUAACGGGC